CCACAGCGUUGGUUUCCUCACAUGCUUCUGCCCGUCUAGACACUGCACAACUUUCUUUAUGAUACAUACAACUCACUCAUUCAUUCAAUACAUACAGAUCCAAUCCACACACACAGUCACACAGUCAUGAUUUCAUGGCGUAUAAUUUGCAUCCGUGAAUCCAUUUGCAUUUCCAUUGAGUUUCUCUGAUAAUCCAUUGCUUGCCACUUCUAGCGCGGUAUUCUAUUGCAGUAGUUUAACGAUAAUGGAGAAGUGAAGCUGAUAUUUGCAUUGUGAUUCUCGUAAAUAUACAACUGAAGAUGAAUCGGAGCUUUAGGGAAUCUGCGAUCGGCGACAGCCGGAAUUUUCCUCUAGCGCCGUUGUCUCAGCAUCGUCGAGGUCUCAGCCUCAACGGACUCUCCAACUUUAAGAACUCCGCCAACAAUAACUUGGAUCUCUUCUCCAAAAAUCGUCACAGUCUGCCUCUUGCCGCCUCCGAUAAUUCCGAUGCAUCAGUGAAACUUGGGAGACUCUCAGUUGGAUCAGCGAAACAGGGGAAGAGUGGAUUGGAUGAUCUAUUGUCAUCAACGGAUGGUGGCGGAAAGCAUGAUUAUGAUUGGCUUCUCACUCCUCCUGGAACUCCUAUUGUUCCUUCAAUGGAUGGAAACGAAUCACAACAAGCUUCUGUGGCUCCAAGAGGCAGUUCAAGGGUUAGAUCGACCUCUACGAACAGAGGCUCAAGGCUUUCAGUUUCUCAGUCAGAGAGCAACCAUCCUAAAAGACCAACUCGCAGCAGUUCGGUGACUCGUCCUUCUGUCACAAGUUCCCAUUUUACUAUGAACUCAAACAAAUCAACCUCCAUUCUUAACACAAGCUCUGCUUCGGUCUCAUCUUAUAUUAGACCAUCUACUCCUACCAGCCGCAAUUCAUCAAUUACAAGACCGUCGACGCCUACUGCCCGUUCAACAGCCUCAAGACCUUCAACUCCUUCUAAACCUCGUGCUUCCCCCAGCACAUCUUCCUCUGAUAAACCAAGACCAUCCAUAAGCUCACGACCUUCUACUCCGACUUCUAGGCCACAAGUCCCAGCAAAUUUGAAUUCCCCUGCAGCUCGGUCCACAUCAAGGCCAUCAACACCAACUCGUCGGAGCCCAGCACCAUCUAUAUCUCCAGCCUCUGGACCUUUAGCCUCAAUUGGGCGUGCUAUCCCAAACGGACGCAAUGUUGCUUCAGUGUCCCGUCCAAGUUCCCCUAUUCCACGUGUUCGCGCCCCUCCACAGCCUAUUGUCCUCCCAGAUUUUUCACUUGAAACGCCACCAAACUUGCUGACAACUUUACCAGACAGGCCACUAUCUGCUGGUAGGUCCAGGCCUGGUCUGGGCCUCACUGUAAAAGGGAAUGUGGAGUCCACAAGUGCUUCAACUUCACUUAGGAGACAACAAUCACCCGUGGUUACGAGGGGAAGACAUACAGAACCCAUUGGAAGGGGUCGGAUGCCUGCCAAUGGGCAGCUAAGUGAUGCAGUUGACACUCGCAGAGAGCUUUCAACCCGGAAACCUUUGAAGACAUCCACAGAGAGCACAGGGUUUGGCCGGAAUAUAUCAAAGAAAUCUCUGGAUAUGGCUAUUAGGCAUAUGGUAAGUCUAGCCUCAAUCUUAACUUUUGUGGUUUCUUUAUCUGUUAUAUAAGCAACGUGAGGUUUAAAUAUUGCAUCCUCAAAAACGUGUAGCUUCUCCGUCCUCUUGUAAUUAACCCUUGAAGAAAAGCUUCAAGCAAUCAAUUUCAUCUUCAAACUAAGGUUUGAUUCUAUUUUCUUUCGACCGAACUGGCAAUUCCGUUAAGAAACUUAAGCCUAUGUAUCAAGAAUCUUUGCUUCAUGCUAUUGACGGUGUUAAAUUGAUACCACGACAUAUUGCGUGGUUAACUUCAACUAGCACAAUAGUGAGAAGAAUAUAUUACAUUGUGUUCCCAGUUCAUAAAUAUCAGUGUUGGUUCUUUAUAAUUAUUAUUAAUUAUCGGUGUAAUGGUGCAAUCAUUUUGCUGGCAUCCGUGCUCGAUGUGUAUAUAUAUUUCUUUUGGGCGUUGGAAGUGGCAGUCAGGAGUUAUUGCAUUUUC